AGGCCAUGUAACGCGUUAUUUGCUGCAUGUAAAAUUGUGUGUGUGUGUGUGUAUGUGCGUUGUUGACAAGAUUGAAAAUUAUUAUUUUUUUUCAUCAUCGUCAUCUCUUUUGCUACCACCAUUUCUCAUCAAAUAAAAUUUUGUUCUCUUUUGUUGAUGUUGUUGUUGUUGUUUCCCAUAGCAUCCUCUAUAAUUUGAGUUUCAAUUCAAUUCGAUCAUCAUCAUCAUCAUCAGCUACCAUCACUAUCAGCUACUACUCAAAGACAUCAUAAUCAACAGAAAAAAAAAUCGAAAAUCAUUGGAUUAUCCAUCACAAGUGGUGGUGAUCUCAAGACCAAAUUAUACAGAUUUUGUUUCUCAUUUAUAUUUUUGUUUUUGCUGUUUCUGUUUGUCUGUGUGUGUAUGUGUUGUGUUUCGUGUUUUUAUUCCCUUUGCAUACAUCAUACGGAGAGAGAGAGUAUAGUGACACGCGUUCAACAUUUAGAAUUCUUCACAUCAUCAACAAAUGGUGAUUAUGAAAUGAUUACCAAUCCAAUGGAACAAUUAAUUGGACAGCCAAUACAGAUUGUAAAAGUAACUGAUGAACGUAAAUUUGAAUUGGAUGUUGAUGCACUUGGUUCAAUUCUAUUACGAGAUUCAAUUCGUGAUACACCCGUUGUUGUUGUAUCGAUUGCUGGUGAUUUUCGUAAAGGAAAAUCAUUUAUGUUGAAUCAUUUUCUUGGCUAUCUACAAGCAAAUAGUACGAAUCAUAAUAAUAAUAGUAAUAAUAAUAAUGGUCAAAAUGAUGGUUCAUCAUCAUUAUCACCAUCAAAUGAUGAUUGGUUAGCCGAUCCAACAGCACCAUUGAAAGGAUUUUCAUGGCGUGGUGGAUGUCAACGUGAUACAACCGGUAUACUUAUGUGGUCUGAACCAUUUCUUGUUCGUACAUCGGAUGAUAAAGAAGUGGCUGUCAUUCUUAUGGAUACACAGGGUGCCUUUGAUAGUGAAUAUACUGUAAAAGAUUCGGCCACUGUAUUUGCAUUGUCAACGAUGACAUCAUCGAUACAAGUUUUCAAUAUAAUGCACAAUCUACAAGAGGAUAAUCUACAGGUAUUGGAAAUUUUCCUUGAAUAUGGCCGUCUUGCAUUGGAAUCUGUACAUGAAAAACCAUUUCAAAAAUUAGUGUUUCUCAUACGUGAUUGGUCAUAUCCAUAUGAACAUCCAUAUGGAUUUGAUGGUGGCCAUAGAUUAUUAGAAAAGAAAUUGGAACUUAAAGAAACCAUGCCCGAACAAUUACAACGGGUUCGCCGUAAAAUUCGUGAAUGUUUCAAAGAGAUUGGCUGUUUCCUUAUGCCACAUCCUGGUGCUCGUGUUGCUACUGCACAGAAUUUUGAUGGUCGUCUUGGUGAUUAUGAUCAAGAUUUUGCUCAUCAUCUUCGUCAAUUUGUUCCAAACCUGUUGGCACCUAGCCGAAUUAUACCCAAAGAAAUCGGUGGCCGUCCAAUAACUGGACGACAAUUGUUGGAAUAUUUCAAAGUUUAUAUCAAUGUAUUUGCUGGUGAUACAAUGCCUGAACCGAAAACCAUGUUGGAAGCGACGGCUGAAGCAAAUAAUCUGAAUGCCGUGGCCGUUGUUAAGGAUAUGUAUACGAAUGAAAUGGAAGCCAUUUGUGGUGGUAAUCAACCGUAUAUAAAUCCGACAACAUUGGAACAACGACAUGCUGACUUACUGAUCAAAUGUAUGGAUGAAUUUGAUACUAUUCCAAAGAUGGGAGGUGCUGAAUAUUCUGUAUCAUAUCGUGAACGGCUUGAAGAAGAGCUGGGUCAAGCAUUCGAACAUUUUGCCAUACAAAAUAAAAGUAAAAAUGUUUUCGGCCUGUUUGGUACACCAUUAAUCCUGUUAAUGGCCUGUUUCAUUUGUUUCAUGACUGCACGUAUCAUUGAAGUUUUCGGUAUCCAAAAAGUGGCCAACAUAUUUGUUUCAAUUGGUACGAUAGAUUUGGCUAUAUUCAUUGCAUAUGUCUUUGGUCGUUAUUCGGGUAAUUAUCCCAGUUUCGUAUCGAUUAUUGAUCAUUUUUCCGAAGAGCUUUGGUUAUUUUUAUUGGAUAAGCUACAAACAUUCAUACAAUCACAUACAGCAUCAUCUAUAACACAAGCUACCGGUUUGAAUGUAACAUCAACUACUUCAGCAGCCGUAAAUAUGACUAGAAGUUUUUCAACCAAUCAAACGAAUACUACCUCAUCAUCCGGUUGGGCUGGUGGUACAGGUAGUGGUGGUGGUGGUGGUGGUGGUAGCCAUCAAUUACAAACAGAAUUACAUAAACGAAAAACGCGGAAAGAUUGAUUAUAUAUUUGAAUCGUACAUAUGAUAAUCAGAUGGGGAAAACAUUCGACCAACCAACCACAAGCAGCAACCAAAAAAAAAAAAAAAAUGUAAAAACCUUCGAACUGAAUAUAUGAUGAAUAUGAAUCGUACAAUUUCCAUUCAAAUUAUUCAAAUCAAUUAAUGAUGAUAAUUAGUUAAUAAUAAUAAUUUUAAUGAUACUCCAAACACACAAUCCUUCCCAUACUCUUUUUAUCAAAUAAACUUUUUCAAUUAAAACGAAA